UAUCUCAGACGCCAUCAGCCAUGCGCUGUCUCCUGCUCGUAUCGCUGUCAAUUUUCACACCAGGCCAGUGCGACCUUCUCCGAGACAGUGUGCAUGUAACUUCCGCAGCAGCACGCCCCAACAAUGAGCUGUGGUGCUACAAAUGCCAUGCUGAUGUACCAGACGAUAAAUGUGCCGAUCUCAGACACAAUAACUCAGCGUUGAUGCACAAAUGCAAUAAUGAUCGACGUGUAUGCAUGGUCAAACGUUUCUCCUAUACGACUUCCACGGAAAAUUCGACAACUGCACUCAAAAUGUGGGCCCUAGAGCGAAACUGUACCAAACAUUGCGAGCCUGGCUGCAUUGUGAUUGGAGAGAGAACAAAACUAUACGCCUGCACCUCGUGUUGCACGACUUCCUUCUGUAAUUAUGGAUCUGGAGGGAUCAAAAUCGUUCUUAAUGCAAUUUUAAUCUUCCUCGCACUAUUGGCUCUAAGCAAAGAUAUCAUUUUGGUUAGCUAA